UGAUCCUUGCAGUCGAGUCGUCGAUCCUCGUAUCAAGAUGUGAAGAAUACAAAAAGGGGCCCAACAGGGCCCUUGACCACCUGCUCGGUACCAUCAUUCACUCACAUUAUCGACCAGUCUCCGACCUGCUCACCCGAUCAAGCAAAGACUCGAUCCCGAUGCCCAUCAUCGCCAGGAAGGACAAGGACGACUCACCACUCUCCGCGAAAGGGGUUGAGUUUACCCUCCUCAGCAUCUUCCCAAGAAAGGGCGGUGGCUCGGCCAGAGCCGGCGGUAGCGUCCACUCCAUCCCAAGCAGCAGCUCUGGUCGUUCAAGCUCGCACGGGGUCUACUCCGGCUCCUCUUCCUCACCAAGAUUUAUCCCGCCCGGCUCAUCGGGGCGAAGUAUCCCCUACGCAAGCCGAAGUAGUGUAGGCUAUUGCUACGGCAAUGGCUGUACUGCGGGCCGAGUUGGUAGCUACAAUGCAGCUACCUCGGCCAAUGCUGGUGUGCCCCGUGGACUUGUGCCCGCUCCGUUGGCUUUUCAGGGUAGGCCUCAGGGUGGCGUUGGGAGGUCCGAUAUCUAUGGUACUGCACGAUAUGGGAGUGGCAUCACUGGCGGCUACAGUCCCCGCCCAUCGUACGCAGGGGGGACUACCGCUGGGUAUGGCUUUCCUUUCGUCUACUGGCCAGUGUCUUGGCCCGGUUAUCCCGAUGCAGGCUACUACGGAAGCGGUGCCUACAACAGAACGGACCGCCCUGGUGGUGCAAUCUCGGUGCAUGUCCUCGGGGUGCCGCCCGGUGUCAACCAGACGAGUAACAACUUCAUGCUCUACGGAGAUGCCAACUCGAACACCGCGAUCCUCAAGCACCUCGUACCCAAUUGCAACGUGACCUGGAACUCCCAGCCCCUUUUCGGCGUCAAUCCGAGGCAGGCAGUGCAGUAUUACCGUGGCUCGAGCUAUGUCCUUCUCCUGCAGGGCUACAACAACUCCCAGCCGGACAGCUAUACGACGAACAACGCUACGGUCAUCACCACCCCCGUCACUCCCUUGCCAUCGACGGUCAACAUGACAUACUUCAAUUGCCUCAACAGGACGCUAGGAAUGGAUCUACCCUUGCCGUAUGAGGAUUCCGCCGGUACCGUGGUCAAGAAUGCCGCCCUCGGUAUGGCUGGAGAACCGAUGAUGGCCUUGCAGACUGCCUGGGUGGCUAUUCUGCUCGUGGUACUCGUGCAGCUGCUCGGUCGCUAGACUCGCCAAAGACGGUACAUGUACAUAAUUUCGAUCGGAUCAUAUAUCAAUAUACCUGGAUUCGUAAUGCCACGCAGUUGCAGU